GGUUGGGCUCUCAGCGCUGUGAUUGGUCGGCCCUGACUCCGCCUUCAGUGCAUGUCAUUAGCAUAUCAUUAGUUGUCCGCGCUGGCUCCGGAGGAAGCCGCCGCCGCCAGUCUGAGGCAGGUGCCCGACAUGGCGAGUGCUGUGCUGCCGAGCGGAUCCCAGUGUGCGGCGGCGGCGGCGGCGGUGGCGGCGGCGCCUCCCGGGCUCCGGCUCCGGCUUCUGCUGUUGCUCCUCUCCGCCGCGGCAUUGAUCCCCACAGGUGAUGGACAGAAUUUAUUUACGAAAGACGUGACAGUUAUCGAGGGAGAAGUUGCAACCAUCAGCUGCCAAGUCAAUAAGAGUGACGACUCCGUGAUUCAGCUCCUGAAUCCCAACAGGCAGACCAUCUACUUCAGGGACUUCAGGCCUUUGAAGGACAGCAGGUUUCAGCUGCUGAAUUUUUCCAGCAGUGAACUCAAAGUGUCGCUGACAAAUGUCUCCAUUUCCGAUGAAGGAAGAUACUUCUGCCAGCUCUACACCGACCCCCCGCAGGAGAGCUACACCACAAUCACAGUGCUGGUCCCACCACGUAACCUGGUCAUCGACAUCCAGAAAGACACGGCCGUGGAGGGCGAGGAGAUCGAAGUCAACUGCACGGCUAUGGCCAGCAAGCCAGCCACGACUAUCCGGUGGUUCAAAGGCAACACGGAGCUCAAAGGCAAAUCGGAGGUGGAAGAGUGGUCGGACAUGUACACCGUGACGAGUCAGCUGAUGCUGAAGGUGCGCAGGGAGGACGACGGGGUCCCAGUGAUCUGCCAGGUGGAGCACCCUGCUGUCACCGGGAACCUGCAGACCCAGCGGUACCUAGAAGUACAGUAUAAGCCUCGGGUGCAUAUUCAGAUGACUUACCCUCUACAAGGCCUGACCCGGGAAGGGGACGCGCUUGAGUUAACCUGUGAAGUCAGCGGGAAACCCCAGCCCGUCAAGGUAACCUGGGUGCGAGUCGAUGAUGAAAUGCCCCAGCACGCCGUGCUGUCCGGGCCCAACCUGUUCAUCAAUAACCUGAACAAAACAGAUAACGGGACGUACCGCUGCGAAGCCUCCAACGUCGUGGGGAAAGCUCACUCGGAUUAUACGCUGUAUGUAUAUGAUCCCCCCACAACUAUCCCUCCUCCCACAACAACCACCACCACCACCACCACCACCACCACCAUCCUUACCAUCAUCCCAGACUCCCGAGCAGGUGAAGAAGGCUCCAUCCGGGCAGUGGACCACGCCGUGAUUGGCGGCGUCGUGGCCGUGGUGGUGUUCGCCAUGCUGUGCUUGCUCAUCAUUCUGGGGCGCUACUUUGCCAGACACAAAGGUACAUACUUCACUCAUGAAGCCAAAGGAGCCGAUGACGCAGCAGACGCAGACACAGCCAUAAUCAAUGCAGAAGGAGGACAGAACAACUCCGAAGAAAAGAAAGAGUACUUCAUCUAGAGCAGCCUUUCCUUUCCAUGAGGUGUCCCGCUGGCCCUAUUUAGAUGAUAAAGAGACAGUGAUAUUGGAACUUGAGAGACAUUCGUGUGAUUUUUUAUGAAUGGGUGGAAAGGCGCGAGACCUGGAAGGCUUGGGAUUUGCUGUAUAAAAAAAAAAUGUUCUUUGAAAAGUACACUCUGCUGAUUGACACCUCUUUUUUUGUGUUUUUUUUUUUAAUUUUUAUUUCCUCCUACCAAGUCAAACUUGGAUGCUUGGGUUUAGUUUGGGUAGAUUGCAGAAAAUUCUGUGCCUUGUUUUUUUGUUUGUUGGUUGCGUUCCUUUUUAUUCCUCUUUGUGCGCAUUUAUUUUUCAAAAAAUGUUUUGAUUUUUUUUUUUAAAUCUCCCAUUUUGGAAUUUGCCUGCUGGGAUUCCUUAGAAUCUUCCCCCCUUCCCCUUAUUUUGCUAUUGUUUUUACUUUUUUUGUUUGUUGCUGAAGUAACUGCUUUGUGUUCAAAAUUCAGUUUCAUAAAAGGAGAACCAGCACAGCUUAGAUUUCAUAGUUCAGAACUUAGUGUAUCCAUAUGCAUUCUUCUCUGUUGUUGUAAAGAUUUGGGUGAACAAACAAUGAGAACUCUUUGCUGCUGCCCAUGUUUCAAAUACGUAGAGCAGUGAAGACUAGAAACGUAGACUGUGACUCAGAAACUGUUCUGUUUGCUGUGGAACUACAUUACUGUACAGGGUUAUCUGCCAGUGAGGUGUGUCGCAACGAGGUGGAAUCUGUCUUUCUUCUGUGUCUGUAGACGGCUCCGUGUAGCUACCCCACACUGUCCAGAGGGUUGGGCUGGAAAGAGCUCCUUUUUUAGUGCCCUCACAAACCUGACAGGGAGGGCUGUUCCUUUUGUGUAAGCGGACAAAUGUGAGUUGCCACAGGAGGGGACAUAGGGAGGGGGAGCGAUAGUUCUGCUCCGGUUGUUUCUGUUCCAAAUGAUUCCAUCCACCUUUCCCAGUCGGCCUUACUUCUCACUAAUUUGUAGGCAAGAGCAAGUCGGUGCGAUGGGAGCAUGACUGAAUGGGACAGGUCUUCCCUUUGUGCUCAGCCCGGAAGGGGUGGAUGUGGCCUGCAUGUACUGUAUAUUACAGAUAUUUGUCAUGCCGGGAUGUCCAACUCAAACCCGUGUGAAACUUUCCUUCCUUCAGAUCAGGCUCGACAAAGGCAGGAGGUCCAGAAGGAGGCCAGUUCCCACGCUGGCCUGCGUGGACCUCCGUUCCCAAAAGGUCAGAGCAGAGGUGGGGAGCCGCAUGCAGGGCUUUUCAGUUACUUAAUCAAAACUCAAAUGUGAGUGUUUUUAUCUUUUUACCUUUCAUACACUAGCCUUGGCCUCUUUCCUCAGCCUUAAGAACCAUCUGCCAAAAAAUUACCAAUCCUCGCAUGACAGCAGCCAUAGUGCAUAGCUACUAAAGAAGCCACCGGAGGGCGUCGUGGGCGGAGCCUGGGGGAAGGGGAGGAGUCAGUUCUCUACAUUUUCUAAAGGCAGGUACGUCUAGGAACCUAGAAGUAGUCCUGAAGGAUAGAGACAAAACUCUUACCAGGCGUCUUGGUAAGGCCCCAGACUCCAGAACGCAGUCCCUAUAGAAAGAUGGCAUCAAAAAAGAUAGAUCUAUAUAUAUAUAAAUAUAUAUUAUAUAACAUUUUCAGUGAGUAACUUUGGAUUUUGCAAGGUGCAUUUUUACUAUUGUUACAUUAUGUGGAAAACUUACGCUGAUUUAUUUAAGGGGGAAAAGUGUCAACUCUUUGUUAUUUGAAAGCGUGUUUAUUUUUCUUGUCUUUAUUUUAACCUUUGAUAGAACCAUUGGCAAUACGGGGCCUUUGGGAGCGGACUGGCUCGAAAGAGAUCGGCCGAGCAGCUCCGCCUCCCUCUCCCGUCCCGAGGCACUAACCCAGACAAAGGCCACAACCAACCUCCCUUUUUCACGGAAUUUUAUAACGUGCAGCUCUCUCCCGAGCCCUUAGCUCCCAUCCUGACCUAGCGUGACCAGAUCAAAGGGUGAGAAUCAUUGGCAUGUUGUCGACAGGGUUUUUUCAGUCAUUCUUUUGAGGAAAAUAAAAAAAACGAAACGUAGCAUCGCUCACAGAAUUGGCAUCUCCGUUUUGGGACCUCCCGUCUUUCUGUUUUGAAAAGUGUACAGUAGUGCAGUGUUCCUGAUGUAACUUUAUGGCUUACAAUGUUGACAUGUCUCAGGUCCAUGUGUUUCGAUUGGUGUUUUCCGUCUCAGGUAGAUCGCUAAGUGUAGGCCCCACACAUUGGAAAAAAAAAAUAAAAUAAAACCAAGCAAAAACAGGAAAUUCUGGACUUUAGUUGUAUAUUGGUUCAUGUAUUUUUCUUAAGUAUACAGUGCACUGUUUGAAAUGUAUUGUUGAGUAUUACUUUGUACAGGUCGGUCACUUUUUUUAGAGUGAAGAAAGAACAAACUUGUUUUUUGUGUUUUUUAAAGGAAUAUAAAAUAAUGAAGGAUGUAUAAUUGAUGCCAAAUAAGCUUGUUCUUUAGUCACACCGACGUCCUAUCUCCCUCUAGGCCAGUUCUGUUGCUAAGGUGUCCAUGGACGGUGUUACGGUGUAAGAAACUCCAUAUCCAUAUGUUCCCAUUCGCAUUUUGUAUUGGUUCAUGUAUACCAUUUUUACAAAAGAAAAAAAAAAGAAAAAAAGAAGUACUAUAAAAUAUCUGUCUUCUUAAUAAAAAAAUUAAUGUUACAAAGUGA